CGUUACAACACAACAAUAAGGAAGCAAGCAAAGGAGUUUUUGGAGUUAUAAUAUCUUGACUUCCCUUGUCAGUUCCUUUGGCCCUUCAGUGUCAGCAGGAAGGAAAACGGUGACUCCGUUUCUGUAUUUUAGUCAUCAGGGUCAUGUGAUGUCUUGCAGCUUUGUAACAACAAAAAAAAAAAAAAAAAACGACUUUACUUGGCUUUUUUUAAACAGGAAGUCUUCUUUCCAUCAUAUUACAGCUGGGUUACAUGGUUCCUUGCACAUUCAAAAUCCGCUUCUCUUCACUGUAAGCUCAAAACUUCCCGUGGACUCGUUUGGGAACAAGUGUGUGCCUGUGAAUAUGGUCUUCAUGUUACUGAUUUCCCUCUUUGUUUCAGGUGCUUUGGGCGACUGUUCAAAGACACCCAGCCUCUUCAUCACUGCACCAAAGAAGAUGGAAGCGCUGAGUGGAUCUUGUUUAUUAAUUCCCUGUAGCUUUAGUGUCGCAGAAGAUCAAAAUUUCAACACUGCAAGACGAACAUUUGGAGUGUGGAUAAAAGAUGAUUCUACUUUUCUAAAAAAUCCAAAGAAUGUGAUCUUCAACAGCAGCGGGACUGUCACCACCUAUCCGAUGGAAAUUACUGGAAACCUGAGUCAAAGGAAUUGCACCACUUUGUUUUCCGAUUUAAACACAAAUCACACUGACACAUACUUCUUCAGAAUUGAGAACGAGCAAUUUAAGGCAACAGCGUCUUGUGAUCGUCUUGAAAUAGAGGUUCACGAUUCUCCGUGGAGUCCCACAAUCAACAUCUCAGGUGAAGUGAAGGAGAAGAAGUCUGUCACUAUCAGCUGCUCAGCUUUCACUCCCUGUCCACACUCCCCUCCUCAACUCACCUGGAACCUCCCACAAAACUCUCACAGCCAAAUAGAGGAAAACACAGAUGGAACCUUUACAAGUAAAAUCCAGCAGAGCAUCACUCUGUCACACUCACAUGAUGGAUUCAACAUCAGCUGCUCUGCCACAUAUCCUGUGGAUGAAGGAAAACCUGGAAAGACCAAAGAGACACAACAGACUCUCAGUGUUCCAUAUGCCCCCAAAGAAACCUCAGCAUCCAUCAGUCCAUCAGGUUUGGUGUCAGCAGGUAGCUGGGUGAACCUGACAUGCUCCAGCAGAGCCAAUCCUCCUGUCAGCAACUUCUCCUGGUUCUUAAGAACUGAAGAUGGACCCAUGAAAGUAGCUGAAGGAUACCUUCACAAACUCAAGAUGACCAACAUGACAGAAAGUUAUUACUGCGUAGCUACAAAUGAUCUUGGUCAUGACACAUCACUAGAGAUCAAUCUAUAUAUUCCAGAAAACGGACAGCCUUCGUCAUUGGGUGCUGUUGUUGGAGGGAUCACUGGGGCCAUCGUACUCAUGAGUGUGGUCUUCAUCCUUUGGAGGUUAAAGUCAACACGUUCAACUUCACAUCAAGUGCAGAAUACGCUUCUCCAAGAACAAACCAGAACUGCAGAAAAUGAAGGCAUCCAUUACGGAGAGAUUGACUUCUCCAAGCUAAGACCUGGACCUUCCUCAGACUCCAUGAAGGACAACAGACAGCAGACGGACGUCGUCUAUUCACAGGUCAAAGUGUGCAAGAGUUCAACACAGACUGCUGAUGGCCCAGAGUCUAUCUAUGCUCAAGUGAAGAAGAAAUGAGCAAAUAACAAGAAGAUCCCUGGUUUAAAUCCUGGGCGGUGCCUGGGAUCUUUCUGCAUGGAGUUUGCAUGUUCUCCCUGUGCAUGCGUGGGUUUUCUCCGGGCACUCUGGCUUCCUCCCACAGUCCAAAAAUAUACUGAGGUUAACUGGUUACUCUAAAUUGCCUGUAGGUGUGAAUGUGAGUGUGAUUGUUUGUCUGUAUAUGUAGCCCUGUGACAGACUGGUGACCUGUCCAGGGUGUCCCCUGCCUUCACCCGAGUCAGCUGGGAUAGGCUCCAGCACCCCCCGCGACCCUAAUGAGGAUAAAGCGGUGUAUAGAGAAUGGAUGGAUGGAUUUUGUCAGAGCCACAGCUUAGGGCUGUGGGCUGUGGUAGUGCUCUCUCCUCCUCUGGUCCUGCUCUCUCUCUCUCUCUCUCUCUCUCUCUCCUAGGUGUGUGUGGCGUUGGAGCUAGCAGCAGGUGUGGCUCGUUGCAAUCAGCGGAUCAGGUGCGGUGGGAGCUGCUGAUUGUCACUCUGGCUUCUCCAUAAAGGCAGACUUCACCUGUCUUUUGAAACUGGACUGUUGUCUGAUCUCCAGCUGGUACUGAGAAUAGAAGCAGUCUUUGCCACUUACCUGGUACUGUGAGUAACCCUGUUGUCUGUGUUUAGAGGUUGACUCCUGCCUGCUGUUGAUGCCUGGGUUCCUGUUGUCUGCUGUUUCUCCAGGGCUUCUGCUGCCCACCUUCCGCCAGCUUGGCCUGGGAAACAUCAGCCCUCCACCUGGGACGUAUAACACCACUGAGGACACCAGCCUUCUGCCUCGCUCCACAAACGCCAUUCUGCCAACUCUGUGUCAGACAGCUGGGAGCACGGAAGCUGGAAGGAGCCUGGUCCAAGUCUGACGUUUCCCUUAGUAGAGUCAGCUAAGUUCUAGAGCCCUAGUAACACCAGACUGUAGUUUAUUCAGUUGUUUUUACAUGUUUUUAGACCAUAUUCCGUGUAGACAACUGUUAUUUGUAUUUUAAGCACAGCAUAGAAUAGUCUUCAGUCUUGGGUUUUUGGUUUCAGGGUUGCCAUAGUCUAGGUCUUUUGUUUUUAGUUUUGCGUUUUGACUUUUUUUCUUGCCUUGGUUGUACCAAAUAUGGGUUAACCUUGGGUUUAGUUAUUUCAGGUUGUUGUUAGUCCUCCCUCCCAUUAGGAGGUUCAUUGAUCAGUUCUGUCUUUAGAGGUUUUGUAGUUUUUCCUCUUCUGGGUUCUUAGUUCUGGUUGUCAUAUGUAGGUCUAUUUUUUUUAGUUUUGUAAAUAAAAGCAUUAUUAAAUUGUUA